AUGGCGCCAGCACUUCUUACCGCGGUAGACGCCACAUCCCACAUCCACCUUAUAGUCGGGUCCAACCCACUAGCAGGCGCACGAUGCGCACGAUCAAUAGAGGUUGGCGCGAAACCGAUACUGCUCGCGCCCGAGGACUCCACACUUCACUAUGGUCUUGUCAAGCGAAUUGAGGCGGGCGAAGUAAAGUGGCUAAAGCGGAGUUUCAAAGACGACGACUUGACUACGCUGGGACGAGAGGAGGUGGGCAGCGUAGUAGACGCUGUAUUUGUUACUGCGGGCGGAAAACAUACAUCAGCAACCCACAUCUCGAGUCUUUGCCGGAGACUACGCAUACCAGUCAACGUCGCCGAUGCGCCAAACCUCUGCUCAUUCACCCUCCUCUCCACACACUCCGACGGCCCUCUGCAGAUCGGUAUCACAACAUCUGGAAAAGGAUGCAAGCUCUCUGCAAGAAUAAAGAGGGAGAUUGCGGCGUCACUUCCACCGCGACUGGGUGAUGCAGUGGAGAGGUUAGGCACACUGCGGCGACGCAUAUGGGAAGAAGAUCAUGCGGCAGAGUUAUCGCAAGAUCUAGAGGCUGAAGAAGAAGACAGCGGGCAGCCAGCAACUUUCAACAAGUUGAUCAUGGAGGAGAGCAAGGAAGCUGCACGGGGACGUCGCAUGCGCUGGCUCUCACAGAUAUGCGAGUACUGGCCUCUACGCCGUCUCGCUGGCAUCACAGACGCUGAUGUCGACAUGCUGUUCCGCGAGUUCGCCAGCAGCAGCCCCUCCAAGGUCGGACCCACCGCCACCACAGCGGCACGACGACCAGGUCGUAUCAUACUGGCAGGCUCCGGCCCUGGCAACCCCGACCUCCUUACUCGCGCAGCGCACAAAGCCAUUCUCUCCGCCGACCUCAUCCUCGCCGACAAGCUCGUCCCCGCACCCAUCCUCGACCUCGUACCCCGCCGCGCAACCGUCCACAUCGCACGAAAGUUCCCCGGAAAUGCCGACAAAGCGCAAGAAGAGCUCCUAGAGCUAGGUCUGGAAGGCCUGAAAGCCGGCAAAGUAGUCGUGCGGAUAAAGCAAGGCGACCCAUACAUCUACGGCCGUGGCGGCGAAGAAUAUGAUUUCUUCCGCGAGCACGGCUUCAUACCCAGCGUGCUACCCGGCAUCACCAGCGCUCUAAGCGCCCCCCUGUUCGCCGCCAUACCUGCCACACACCGCGGCAUCGCCGACCAAGUCCUCAUCUGCACCGGCACCGGCCGCAAAGGCGCGCCCCUCGACCCACCCGAAUUCGUAGCCUCCCGCACCCUCGUCCUCCUCAUGUCUCUCCACCGUCUCUCCGCCCUAGUCGAGAGUCUAGUCGGCAAAGCGUACCCCGCCGAUCUUCCUGUCGCCGUACUAGAACGCGCUUCAUGCCCUGAUCAGAGAGUCAUUAGAACGACGCUGGAACAUGUGUGUGCGGCAGUUGAGGAGGAAGGCAGCAGACCGCCUGGUCUCCUGGUCGUGGGUAAUGCGUGCAAAGUGCUUAUGAAGUACGAGCAGAAAUGGGUUGUGGAGGAGGGGUUCCAUGGCUUGGAUAAUCUGGGUGGAGAUGGCGAGUUGGAGAUUAGUAGACUUACUGAGGCGGCUAUUGCUGCGUAG